UUUAAGUGAAUGUAAAGAGUUUCGAAAGGGUUUCAAAAGAGUCCACUGCAUCUGGUAUCACAAGUUUAACUGCCGAAGGUUCAAGGAAGAAUCUGCAUCUUUUGUUUUCGAGAACUUUGAGGCGAAUUGAUGACAAGGGAGGCCUUUGAUUGACGGAAGGAUUGUGCUAGCUACACAAUUGCUCUUAGCUCGUCACCGAAACAGAAUUGGUCAUUAUUAUUAAGAGCCUUUCGGCUCAUGUGAAUUGGAAUGGCUGGAGACAGCAGCGAUAUCACUCGACCAAGACCUGUGCUGAGCAAGUUUGAAGAGAAAGAGCCUCAAUGUUCGUCUCCUAUUACCCCAUUGAGCUUUUCCAAGUUUUCUAUCGACACUGAGUGGGGAGAAAUGGAAGACUACGAUGUCAUAGCUGGCGGUCCCGUCUGUGCUUCUCCUGCUAUGUCGUCCCCAGGAAGCUAUGGUUUCUCAUCACCCACGGGUUUGUCACAGGCAUGGUUUGACGUUAGAGUAAUUUAUGUGAGAAUAACGGGUUGCUCUCCGGAGGAAGAUCCUGAUUCUUUGACGAUACGAUUUCCUCCGAGAACUAUAGGAGUGACUUUAGAGGUGAACGGUGGUUGGAUAUCUCCGACAGAAGAAUCUUGCGUGGUACUGAGGAGGGAUAGAGUAGACUCUGAAACGGCGGAAGCAACGUAUGUCAGCACCGACAAUCUUCGCAUUUGUGGCACAAUCUGUUACGAAGUCGUCAAUAAGGAAGAGGUUAUCGUCAGUGGAACGUUGGAGCACGUUGAGAAUUGCCUAGAGUUGAUUCAUGGCAGCAAAGAGUGCUUCUCCAAGAAAGAUGACCAAGCUUGGGCCAUGGAGUGCCGUUGCGUGGCUGGCAAUUCGGGAUGCUUUUUCAAUAAAAGCAGGCAAGACUUCUCCGCUUCGCUUCUGCCUCCGACGAUGGAGGUUUCUAUGGUGGGACGCCACAUGAACGUUCCAGUUUUUAUAACGCAAACUGUGCGUCUGAUUGCACGACGAAAGUCAAGCAGGGUCCUCACGCUUGACGUCAUUCCUGAGACGGAGGAGCUUGGGAAAUCUCACAAUGGCAUGAUUCUAGUAGACGAGCCCCAAUUGAUGACGGAGAGAAGCUCGUACAUGGAUCUCGACGAUAAUACUUCAUUUAUGGAUGUUCGUGGUAAAGUCGCAUCUAGUUUAGGCUAUGGGUUAGAUGCAGGUGUGUAUGGUGUAGAAGGAGAAGAUGGACAAAUGACUUGGUUCAACGCAGGAGUUCGGGUAGGUGUAGGAAUCGGUCUGGGCAUGUGUUUAGGUGCGGGCAUCGGGAUUGGUUUAAUGGUCCGAACGUACCAGGCUACUACAAGGACCUUGAGGAGGGUCAUUUAGGACGCGUACAGUAAUUCUUUUUUCAGCUAUUAUUUUUGGGACCAGUUCAGAGCGUUGGAUCGUAUUAAAGGUGAUGUAGGACACAUACUUCUGGAUGAUGCGAAUUUUCCAAAACGUCAGGGUUGAACUUGAGCGCCGCAGGUGGUGGUUCACCUCUCCACUUAGGCUCCUAGUUUUCGUGCGGCCCGCAUCAUCUGUUCCGAAGCUCAGGUUUCAGGAAAAUCAGGAGGUUGUUUUCGAGUUUGAUUGCAGGGGUGCAAGCAUCCUCUGGCUCCGUGGCCUGAGGUGCGAGCAUAACAAUUUUGUAACUAGCAAGGACAGAGUGUGGAGAAACGGCAGUGACGGAUGGGUUGUCCGCUAGGAGAUUGAGCUGUCGCAUGAAGAGCGGUUUACAACAAUGCAUGUGUAAGCGUCUCUAGGGAGGCGCAGCCAUUAAAUUUCGCUUGUGAGAAGUCUCUCGUGAGACCAUUUGUGGAUCUGCUCAAGGAAUGAUAAUGCAGCAAUGUUUUUGUGUAUAACUGGAACGUUGUACAUAUAGCAUUGUCAGAUCAACUAUCCGCUGGUUUGCGUAGGCUCGUCAGAGACACGAAUUUUUUGUCAUGGGUUACGCAUCUCAGACAUGGGAGUUAUACCGCUACUAAUGGUUUCAGAGAUUAUGCCGCUAGUUUUUGCGAUGAAAAGCAAACUAGUUGGGGCCCACGACACACAAAGCUAUUGGAGCGUUUUAGGCUAUGUACAUUUAUUUGUUAAAACUUGUAGGGCUGCGAUUUAUGUUGUGUAUUCUUUUGAUGUAUAUUUGACAAUUACAAACUCUUGAAUAGUGUGUUUUUUCAUACCAUUUAAACUGAGUUUUGAGGUACGGCUUACAUUUCUGACUCAA